GGGCUGGAACCCUAACAGCACCUACAAGGAGCUGUUCAUGAUGUCAGACUAUAGUUGGUUUGAAGGAAUACCUCUUCCUGAUAUGUGGGUUCAAAAAGAAAUUGUGGAAGAUGUCCAUAAUAAAUUUGUGGUGAAAGAUGAAGACUUGAUCAUAUUGACUUACCCCAAGUCAGGAACAAACUGGCUGAUUGAGAUUGUCUGCUUGAUUCAGACCAAGGGAGAUCCCAAGUGGAUCCAAUCUGUGCCUAAUUGGGAACGUUCACCCUGGCUAGAGUCUAAAAGUGGAUAUUCUGUAUUAACCAGUAAGGAAGGACCACGACUCAUGACCUCCCAUCUUCCCAUCCAUCUUUUCUCCAAGUCUUUCUUCAGUUCCAAAGCUAAGGUGAUCUAUCUCAUCAGAAAUCCCAGAGAUGUUCUAGUGUCUGGUUAUUUUUUCUGGGCUAACACAAAUCUUGUGAAGAAUCUAGAGUCACUAGGAAUUUAUUUUGAACAAUUCCUGAAAGGAAAUGUUAGAUAUGGAUCAUGGUUUGAACACAUCCAUGGCUGGCUGUCCAUGAGAGAAAGGAACAACUUCUUGGUGCUGUACUAUGAAGACAUGAAAAAGGAUGCAAAGGGAACCAUAAAGAAGAUCUGUGACUUCCUAGGGAAAAAUUUAGGGCCAGAUGAGCUGGAUCUCGUCCUCAAGUACAGCUCCUUCCAAGCCAUGAAAGAAAACAACAUGUCCAAUUAUAGUCUCAUUAAGGAAGAUCAGAUUACUAAUGGCUUGAAGCUCAUGAGAAAAGGCACAACUGGGGACUGGAAAAAUCACUUUACAGUAGCCCAAACUGAAGCCUUCGAUAAAGUGUUCCAGGACAAAAUGGUUGGUUUUCCACCAGGCAUGUUCCCAUGGGAAUAAGUUAUCAAAACUUUUGAAUAUUAUAAGAACACUGAUGUUUAUGUUCCUAUUGUGCUAUAUCUUGAAUGCGGUCA